AUGGAUUCAACGAACGUCAAGGAAACUGAAAAGCACUGCGUUCUAUGCUGCCAAGAGAUCGACAUUUUCGCGUUCGGAAAAUGCGACCACCCGGUGUGUUAUCGCUGCUCCACCAAAAUGAGGGUGCUAUGCGAGCAGAAGUACUGCGCCGUCUGCCGGGAGGAGCUCGACAAGGUGGUGUUUGUAAAGUCCGCACAGGCCUUUUCUUCUCUGCCACAUCAUCAGUUCCCCUGUGAGAAGACGCAUGACAUCUAUUUUGGUGAUGAGAUGAUCUAUGCUCAGUACAGACAUCUGCUGUUGUCACAAUGUCCCUGCUGUUCUGAAGCUAAGGUUUUCUCCAGGUUUGUAGAGCUGGAGCAGCACAUGAGGAAGCAGCAUGAGCUCUUUUGUUGCAAGCUCUGUACAAAGCACUUGAAGAUUUUCUCCCACGAGCGGAAGUGGUACAACCGCAAAGAACUUGCACGCCACCGAGCACACGGAGACCCAGACGACACGAGUCACAGAGGACACCCGCUCUGCAAAUUCUGCGAUGACCGCUACCUAGACAACGAUGAGCUGCUCAAACACUUGAGAAAGGAUCACUACUUCUGUCACUUCUGCGAUGCCGACGGCUCCCAGGAAUACUACAGUGAUUAUCAGUACUUGAGUGAGCACUUCCGAGAAAGCCACUAUUUGUGCGAGGAGGGCCUCUGCGCCACCGAGCAGUUCACUCAUGCAUUCCGCACCGAGAUCGACUACAAGGCACACAAAGCUUCGGCGCACAGCAAGAGCCGAGCGGAGGCACGACAAAACCGACACAUAGACCUGCAGUUCAGCUUGGCGCCAAGACAACAGAGAAGAAAUGAAGGCACGGUGACUGGUGAAGAUUAUGAAGAAGCUCGUCACCAACGAGGGGGAAGAGGAAGACUCCAGAUGGGGCAGAAGAGCUGGCGCUACUCUCGUGAGGAUGAGGACAGAGAGGUAGCAGCAGCUAUGCGGGCCUCGAUGGUGAUGCGUCGACAAGAGGACCGAAUGGCAGCGCUGGAGAGGAGCGCUCCUAAACACUAUAGGGAAGAGAGGACUGACAGAACUGAAUCGGAAGAGCAAAGUCCCAGAACAGGACCAAUCAAACCAACAACUAAACCCCCAGUAAGGACAAUGAGGAGUUUAAAUCCAACAGAGGAUGAUGACUUUCCAGUAUUGGGAGCUGCUGCACCACCUGCCAUCAUGAAGUCCUGUCCACCGGUGGUUCCCCCGGCUCCUAGAUCCCUGCAGGAAGAUGACUUCCCCAGUCUUUCAGUAGUCAAAGUCACAGCCCCUAUGACACCGUCUUACCCUGCUCAACCGAAGAAGUCGUCGUCUUUUCAAGAAGAGGAUUUUCCCGCUCUCGUGUCCAAAAUCCAUCCCGUCAAAUCUGCAACGGGCAAGAACUCGGCAUGGUCCACUCACACUGCUCCAGCUCAGUCUAAGGCUCAGCCCCCUCCUUCCGUCAGACCCCCUCCUCCACUCUCUGCAGAAUUCUCCAGCCCCCAAAUUCUGACGUCCUCAACUUCCUCAUCGUCAAGGAGAAAAAAGAAAGUCGGGGAGAGCGGAAAAGAGGCUCCCGCACGCUUGCCUAUUUCCUCCUCUGACGACGAGAGCGGCGGAAUGACGCAGCAGGAGUUCCGCUCGGUACCCACGAUGCUCGACAUUUCAUCUCUACUCACAGUAAAAGGAAGCGAUAGCAAAACCUCGACAGCGACCAGCAAACCUUCAACUCUGUCCCCCAGCGCUAGUCUAACAACAACUAAAGCCAGCAAAAAGAAAAAACAAAAGAACGCGACUGCUCCUUCGAACUCAACUUCGGGGACGCCCGCCUUUGCAAAGACUCUUUCGGUGGAAACGGCGGCUCAAAAGGAGAACGUCCCUGAAAAAACGAGGAAUAAAUCCUCGAGUUCAGCGCCGGUAACGGCACCGAGCCGAUUGAUCAAUGGCUUUAAUGAGAAAACGGUCGUUGGUAAAGAGGCAGUUACAGCACCGCUACAGGCCAACACAGAUGCUCUUGCAGAACCAGAAGAGGAUUUCCCGGCCCUUAAGACCAAGAAGCCUCCUCCAGGGUUCAAGUCCUCCUUCCCAAUAAAGUCGUCAACUGCAGCUCCAUCGUCCCCUAUGCCUCCGCCUCCACCUGGCCUAGGGCUCUCAGCCACUAAGCCCCCACCAGGGUUUACAGGUAUCCCCCUCAACAGUAAUGUGGUGGAGACCCCUCCUCUGGCAGUAAACCUCCUUCCUAAAACGUCAGACUGCGGUUACCUGGUUCCAGAGGACUUCAAUCAAAGGAACCUAGAACUAAUUCAGUCCAUUAGGAAGUACCUCCAUGAUGACGAGUCCAAGUUCAAUCAGUUCAAGAACUACUCUGCACAAUUUAGACAGGGUGUUCUCUCCGCUGCCCAGUAUCACAGCAGCUGUAAGGACUUGCUGGGCGAGGACUUCAACCGCAUCUUCAACGAGCUGCUGGUGCUGCUGCCCGACACCGUCAAGCAGCAGGAGCUCCUGACUGCGCACGGCGACUGCAAGGCUAAGGAGAAGCAGUCGGGAACGGGAGGAGGAAAGAAAAACAAGAACAAGAAAAACGCAUGGCAGGCGGCCAGCACACAGGCCAACGCAAAUGCCGCUGAGCUGGACUGCCAAGUGUGCCCCACGUGCAGACAGGUGCUCGCCCCCAAGGAUUUCAACUCCCACAAGACGCUGCACAUGAGAGAGAAUGACGAGUUCCCUUCCUUGCAGUCCAUUAGCAGAAUUAUCAGCUAG